UGAAAUGUCAAGAAACAAAUGUCACUGUCAGUUAGAUGUCAAACUAUUUUUGGUUAUGUUGAUGAAAACACAAACGUAACAACAAUAUAACAUUUUUUCGUGGUUCAAAAAGACUUUUGAACGGUUGUUAGUGAAAUAAUCCAAAAAAAUGGGCGAGCGCAAAGGCACAAACAAAUACUACCCCCCGGACUACGACCCAAAGGCCGGGGGCCUCAACAAAUUUCUUGGCACACAUGCACUAAGAGAAAGAGCUAGAAAAAUCGACCAAGGAAUCAUAAUUAUCCGAUUUGAAAUGCCCUACAAUAUUUGGUGUGAGGGUUGCCAAAAUCAUAUAGGAAUGGGCGUUCGAUACAAUGCUGAAAAGACAAAAGUUGGGAUGUACUACACCACCCCAGUUUAUCAGUUCAAGAUGAAGUGUCAUCUUUGUGAUAACCACUUUGUGAUUAAGACUGACCCAGCUAAUCUAGACUAUUUAAUACUUUCGGGAGCGAGAAGACAAGAAAACAGGUGGGACCCAUUGAAAAAUGAACAAGUUGUACCAGAGACUAAGGAAACUCAAAAAAGGCUAUUUGAUGAUUCUAUGUACAAACUCGAACAUGGAAGUAAGGACACAGCACUUGCAGAAAGUGCAAAACCAAGAUUAGCAAAUCUUUUCAAUAGAAAUGAAGAUGUUUGGGCUGAUUGUUAUACAGCUAAUCAAAAGUUAAGAGCACAGUUUAGGAAAACAAAUUGUGAUUUGAAGAAGCAAGUAGCAAAAGAUAACAUGCUAUUAAAAAAAUCUAGCCUAGAUAUUCCUUUACUAGCUGAGAGAGAAGAAGACAAAAAAGUAGCAUCUCUCUUAAGCAUGAAGCUCAAGUCAAAUAAGAGUAUUGCUGAGAACACAGAUCAAAUAAGGAAGAAGAUUAUAUCUGAGUCUUCACUGCCUGCUAGUAACUUUUCAAGGAUCAAGGAAGAAAAGGCUGUGAAAAUGUUGACUUCAGCAAAGAAAGAUUUGGGUGUCAUCAGAAAGAAUAAUUUAACAAAUUCGUCUGCUAUCUCAAAUAUUGUUAGUUGUAGUUCAAAGAUGAGAGGUAACGAUGUUACUAACGGUCCAGAAGAUGCUGUAGGUUUAGAAAAAAAUAGUGAGACCAAUGUUGUCAAUGCUUCAGCUGAAGGUAAUGCCGAUCAAGAGGACACUAGUGAUCAAGCAAUUUCAAGUCAAGGAACCAGAAAAGAAUCAUUUGAACAAUUACAGACUUCCAAACAUCAAAUUACUGAUAUUACUAGUGAUAAUGAUAGAGAUGCAGAAAACAUAUCUUGUAAAAAAUUUAAGUCUAAUGUUUCUUUAGUUGGUGACUAUGGAUCAACAAGUGAGUCUGAGUGAGACUGUAGAUGUAUAUUAAUAUUUGCAGAAGUAUUUGACUGUCAAUUAUUGCUCAUCAUGUGAAGAAAGAAAAGCAAACACUGUAACAUCAUUCAAUCAGCAUGAUGUAUAGUUGAUCCUGAUCAUGAUUUUUGCAGAAUGUUUUGGUCUGAGGUAUGAGGAAGGUGGAAAAUACAAAAUGUUUAGGUAUAGUAUUUAUUGAGUGUAUGAAGAUACUUUCAAAUUGUAUUUAUUCCUAGAAUGCAUUUAGUCCUGUGAUUGCUCUUCCUAAUAUCAAUGCAUGGACAUCAUGUGUACCUGAAAAUAAAAUAUCAACUAAAUCUGAUAGCCUUAUUAUUUUGUAUAAUAAUCAAUUCAAAGUUGAAACAUAAAUAAUGGCAUGGUGUAAGCAUUAUAAUAAUAACGUU